AUGAGAGCCGAGCUGCCCUGCAGUGACACAGAAGAAUCCCAGUUAGAGUCGGAAGGUUCGCAACUCAAAUCUAUAACCUCGCAGAAAUAUUGCAUUCGAGACACAAACCAACAGGUGCUGGUCUUGCAAGGCAGCAUCCUCGUGGCAGCUCCUGACAAACUCCCGAAAACUGGAGAGACGUUUUAUGUAUUGGUUUCAACACACACCAAAAUCGCAGAGGGAAAUCCUAUUUUUUUGGCUGUCUCUAAAGGGGAGCUCUGUCUAUGCUGUGAGUGAGUCGAAGAACCAAACAGUCCUUCAUUAGAAUUAAAGAAAACGAACAUCAAAGAACUGAAUGCACUGGGAAAGAAGGAAAGUCUGUCCUUCACCUUCCUCAAGCAAGAAGCAGGCUCCUAUUUCACUUUGGAAUCUGCUGCAAACCGUGGAUACUUCAUCUUCACCUACAACACACCCAGCCAACCUGUGGGAGUGACAAAAGAGAUAGGGAAAGAAAAGAACACUCAUUUUUCAUUUGAAGCUGCAAAUGUGGAUCUCAAGGAAGUAAAAAGCUGA